GGAAAGCGUGAUUCCAUUGGAAAGAAAUAUUCAUAACAAACAACAAAACAAAGCCAUUAAACCAAACUAUUCAAUUCUGGGUUUUACUCUGCUUCACUUAGUUAGGGCGGUCGCGGGAAAAUUUGUUAUUUUCUCGGGAAAAUUAUGUCCAACACCACCACCACCACCGCAGCACCCGAAGAUGAACCUUCCGUUCCUAGAUUGUCUUCCAACACCGUAUUAAGAAGGAGGCCCGAUCCUUUCUUGCUCGUCUGGAGGUUCUUUAGCGUAAUCACCGCUCUCGUUGCCAUUCUCUGCAUUGUCGUCAAUGUUCUCUCCGCCAUCAGAUCUUUCAAGAACGGAUCUGAUAUUUUCGAUGGAAUAUUUCGGUGUUACGCUGUUUUGAUUGCUGCUUUGGUUGUUGUAGCUGAGACGGAAUGGGGAUUUAUCUUGAAGUUUUGGCAGGUCUUGGAGUAUUGGGUUGGUAGGGGGAUGCUGCAGAUCUUUGUUGCAGUGAUGACAAGGGCUUUUCCUGACUAUUCUAGUGAGAAAAGGAACCUUAUUUUCCUUCAGAACUUAGCAAGCUACAUGCUUCUUGCUUGUGGUGUAGUUUAUGUUAUUUCGGGAAUCCUAUGCCUUGGCUUCCUCAAACGUGCUCGUCAGAAGAAAGAAAUUACAAGGGAGCAGGCAGUAAGAGAUCUAGAGGAAUUGGAGAGACGGAGGGAGGAACUUGAAGAAUUGCUUAUCGAGGAAAGAGGUUGAGAGACUACAUAAUUUGUAAGAGAUGCUAAAACAAAAUCUGUAUUGUUUUGUUAAGGUUGGGUAGAAUAAAUGAGGCCAAGAUUUGUUAAUUUUCAUGAACUUAGUUAUUGAGUGAGUAAUCUGUUCUGUUUGUUCCAGCAUCGCCUUGUGGAUGAGCCUGUUUUUCUGUAAAUAAUUUGUACAGUGAAUGUGAAAUUUCGUAGCCAAAAAAGAAAAAAAAGGAAUUGAAUUUGAAUAGCAGAGCUCAUAAGUGAUGAAAUUCUUACUUA